AAAUUCCGUUUACGUCAUUUAUCUUCUCAACUCACUUAUAGUCUGCACCAAGAGAUUUGGCCGUUAUUUCUUGGAGCAAUUUCUGAAAAGUUUCCCUAUAUGGUCUGAAUUUUGACAGGACGAAGAAUGAGAGCUCAGUUAUCCUUGCCAAAUUUCACCUGAUGUCAGCUUGUCUUCUUCAUAAUUUACAAAUCCCAGAAAUUUUAAGAAACCAGACAAAUUAGAGGGAUUAUUGGAAAAAGAAUCGAACUAUCUCAAUUCCUAAAUACCCAAAAAAAAAAUAAAAAAAUUGAAAAAAAAAAUGGGAUCAGAAACCAACUCUCCAACACCGUCUCCAAGUGGGAAGAGAAGCAGAGAUCCUGAAGAUGAAGUUUACAUCGAUAAUCUUCAUUCUCAUAAGCGUUAUCUCAGUGAGAUGAUGGCAUCAAGCUUAAAUUGUUUGACUGUGGGUGACCCAAUUCCUGAAAAUCUGUUGGAUUCUCCGGCGAGGUCUGAAAGCAUGUUCUAUUCAAGAGAUGAAUUGUCCUCACAGUAUUCACCCAUGUCUGAAGACUUAGAUGAUGCACGAUAUUAUGAAACUCCCAUGAGUGCCUGCUCAUCGCAAUCUGAAAGCCGUCCUACUAGUCCUGUCUCCCCGUAUAGAUAUAAACCAGUUGGUGCAUUUUGCUCUAGUCCUCCUACCACCUCACAGCCUUCAAAUGGGUGUAGUACCUUCUCAGGUUCUUCUCAACCUCGUCAGAGAGGUUCUGAUACUGAAGGAAGAUUCCCUUCUUCACCGAGUGAUAUAUGCCACUCAGGGGACUUAAGGAAAGCUGCUCUUUUACGAUCUGUGCAGAUGAGAGCCCAGCCUUCAUGCUCAUCAACAUUUGAUCUAGGAUUUACUGGAGCUCAAGAGGGAAUGCAGAAUGUUGAAUCUGAAACUCGAUCUUGCUCAUUUUUGAAACCUUUGGAUGAUGAACGUGAGUACCAUGAUGAAGGAUGUCCUGUCAUACCUACUUCUGAUCCUGAAUUUGACGAAGGAAAGGAUUCAAUGGCAUUGACUAUGGUUGAAGGAGUCAUAUCUGUGGACUAGCUGUCAUAUGAAAUCAGUUUAUUGAUAUUAGUGUUUGGUGUCUGACGCUUGUACGGCCCACACAUGAAGGUUUUUUUUUUUUUUUUUUUUCGGGGUUGGG